CAAACCCGGAAGUCAGCAACGCACUAGGUCGCGUGUGUUGCUUCACGAUUGAUUUAUCAGUGCUUUGUUGACCUGUAGGUAGUUUUACUGAGUUGUUUCAAAAGAGAAACGUGCGUGUGAAGUUGUUUUCAGGAAAUAUUUGCAAAAAUUUGUUUGGGUCCACCUGGAUGUUGAGUGUUCGGACUCUGUUCGGGAUCGGCUUCCUGGUGACCCAGCUCCUUGCUCGGUCAGGGACAUGUCCGCUGGCCACUGCAGCUAACAUCCACAAGACAGACUGUUUUAAUAGCAGACCUGCAUCCACCAUGGCACAGACCAUCAAAUAUCUCGGGCAGGAGGAGGCCCAGCACAUUGAUGAGGAGCUCUUCAGUGAGUAUGGCUUCAGCGUGGACCAGCUGAUGGAGCUGGCUGGACUCAGUUGUGCCACAGCCAUCACUCGGGCAUAUCCCAUCACUUCCCUGGUCAAGGGCAGACCUUCUCUCCUGGUGAUUUGUGGACCAGGGAACAACGGAGGCGAUGGCCUGGUCUGUGCCAGACAUCUUAAACUCUUUGGCUACGAGCCCACCAUCCUGUACCCGAAGAGGCCCAACAAACCUCUGUUCCAGGGCCUGACCACACAGUGCCAGAAAAUGGAGAUUCCCUUCCUAACUGAGAUGCCUGAGGCUGAAGUGAUUGAGGAAGCUUACAACCUGGUGAUAGAUGCCAUCUUCGGCUUUAGCUUCAAGGGGGCCGUGCGAGAGCCUUUCGAUUCCAUCCUAGAUGUGCUGAAGAAGACCACAGUCCCCAUAGCCAGCGUCGACAUCCCCUCAGGUUGGGAUGUGGAGCAGGGCAGUGCAGAUGGACUCCAGCCUGACAUGCUCAUUUCACUCACUGCUCCAAAGAAAUCAGCCUUGUUGUUCAGAGGACGGUACCACUUCCUAGGAGGCCGCUUUGUGCCGCCUGGCCUAGAGAGGAAGUACCAGCUCAACCUGCCUCAGUAUCCUGGCACAGACUGUGUGUUACAGCUGUAGGGAAUGUAGGCGUCAGUGAGUCUGGGAAGAUUGUGGUCUUUAAAGGAAUAGUUCAACAUUUUGGAAUGUCAGAAUUUUCUGAGGUAAGUGAGAAAAUUAGUAGCACUUUAAUUUUCAUCUGUUGAGCAUGGAGCUUCAGCUGAGCGCCCAGUCUUCAUAGCUUAGUUUAGGACUGGACACGGGGAGCUGCUAGCCUCACUGUCUCCAAAAUUUAAAAAUACAGGUACCUGCACCUCUGAAGCUCCCUAAUGAGAAUGUGUCAUUAGUAGCAUCUGUACACAAACAUAGAUUUAAAAACUAGUUAUGGCUUUUCAGGGGAGUUAUGUGUUAUAACUGUUGUUGAAAACCGUUCAAGUCCCUUGGCUUUCCAAAGUCUUGUCAUCACAUGAGGCCACCAGGUAUUAUCAUUCAUUUUGUCACUGACUGUAUGUGGCAGCUGGCGCUAAAGUUGGAGACAAUGCACAGAAAUACUGUAAGGAUGGAUGAACUGUUUUACAUUGAGAAAUAAUUACAGCCUGUAACACCCUCUAAAACCACACAUUCAUCUUGUUUUCUCUCUGUAAAUGUAAUAAAGAUUAGAAGCAAGGGAAAUGGCUAGCUAGUAUCUCUGUGCUGGUUAUCUUGAAGCUAAGCGAACAACGUAGCAUAUCUAGUGUGUUCAUAUCUAGUGUCUCAGUCUUCUCGUCUAGCCUGGAACAAAAUCAAUCAAGUGUAUUUCCCCAAAUGCUGAGCUAUUCCUUUAAAUCUGGGACUUUGAUUGGUUCAGAUUGAGUGGAUGGUUAAGGCUAUGCUGUAACUCUAAUAACCUGUUAUAACAGAGCUUUAUUAGCUCUCUGGAAGAGUUUUAUUCAUAUGAAAGCACAUGGUGGUUGCCACAGUUGCAUGAUAAAAACAUAAAUGAUUAAAAAUGACUAUGAAUUGUUAUUUCUGUAACAACAGCUACCCCUUUAAACUUUCAAAUAUUAAUCUGACAAACCAGCAG